UGUGAAGAUGGCGGCACACAGUCGCUCCCCGUUGUUGCAGCUGCUGUUGUUGUCGUCCGUCUGCCUCUGCAGCCUCGUCCCCGUCCUCGGCCUGAAGGCGGCGAGCGGUCCGGCCGAGCCGCCCAACCCGCCCAACCCGCCCGCCGCCGCGGUCAGAGCCGCGGAGCCGCCGGCCAAGGAUGCACCUGCCGCGGCCGCCGCCGCCGCCGGGGCCGUGGGGGCCGUCGUCGGGGCCUCGCAGCCGCGCAGGGCGACCGGCUGGAAGCUGGCGGAGGAGGAGGCCUGCCGGGACGACCUGAGCCGCCUCUGCCCCAAGCACACGUGGACCAACAACCUGGCCGUGCUGGAGUGCCUGCAGGACCGCAGGGAGGAAAUUGACAUUGCUCCCGACUGCAACCAUCUUCUGUGGAGCUACAAACUCAAUCUGACCACGGAUCCAAAGUUUGAGUCCGUGGCCACGGAGGUCUGCAAGAGCACCAUCGCUGAGAUAAAGGAGUGUAACGAGGUGGAGAGGGGGAGGGGCUACCUGGUGUCGUGUCUGGUGGAUCACCGGGACAACAUCAGCGAGUACCAGUGCAACCAGUACGUCACCAAGAUGACCAGCAUCAUCUUCAGCGACUACAGGUUGAUCUGCGGCUUCAUGGACAAAUGCAAAGAAGAUAUUAACAGCCUGCGCUGUGGAAGCAUCAACGUGGGACACAAGGACAUCCACUCCCAGGGCGAGGUGAUCGCCUGUCUGGAGAAGGCGCUGGUGAAGGAGGCGGAGCAGCCGGAUCGUGGUCGUCCAAUCAAAGAGGAAUGCCAGAAAUCGAUCCUUCGGGUGGCGGAGCUGUCAUCAGACGACUUCCACCUGGACAGAUACCUCUACUUCGCCUGCCGAGACGACCGCGAGAGGUUCUGCCAGAAUACACAGGCAGGAGAAGGGAAAGUCUACAAAUGUUUGUUCAAUCACAAGUUUGAAGAGGCCAUGUCAGAAAAGUGCCGCGACGCCUUGACGACCCGCCAGAAGCUCAUCUCUCAGGACUACAGAGUCAGUUACUCUCUGGCCAAGGCGUGUAAGGCGGACCUGAGGAAGCAGCGCUGCAGCCUGGACACCAGCCUGCCGCGCGCUCGCGAGGCCCGGCUGUCCUACCUGCUGCUGUGCCUGGAGGCCGCCGUGCACCGCGGCCGUCAGGUCAGUGGAGAGUGUCAGGGGGAGAUGUUGGACUACCGGCGGAUGCUGAUGGAGGAUUUCUCUCUCAGUCCGGAGAUCGUCCUUCACUGCCGGACCGAGAUCGAGGGUUACUGCUCCGGGCUGCAUCGCAAAGGCCGCACGCUGCACUGCCUGAUGCGAAUCGGCCGCGGCGACCGCAGCAUUACCGUCGACAGCGCCUGCCAGAGCGCACUGCAGACUCUGGUCCAGUCUGCCGACCCCGGAGCCGACUAUCGGAUCGACCGAGCGCUCAACGAGGCCUGCGAGUCCGUCAUCCAGACCGCCUGCAAACACAUCCGCAACGGAGACCCCAUGAUCCUGUCUUGCCUGAUGGAGCACCUGUACACGGAGAAGAUGGUGGAGGACUGUGAGCGCCGGCUGCUGGAGCUGCAGUAUUUCAUAUCCAGAGACUGGAAACUGGACCCAAUCCUCUACAAGAAGUGUCAGAGCGACGCCGCUCGGCUCUGCCACACGCACGGCUGGAACGAGACCAGUGAGCUCAUGCCGCCUGGAGCCGUCUUCUCCUGCUUGUACCGCCACGCCUACCGCACAGAGGAGCAGGGGCGCCGGGUCCCCCCAGACGAGCAGUUAUCUCGAGACUGUAAAGUGGAGGUUCAGAGGAUUCUCCAUCAGAGGGCGUUGGAUGUAAAGCUGGACCCGGAGCUGCAGAAACGCUGCAUGACCGACCUCGGCAAGUGGUGCAGUGAGAAGCCGGAGGCGGGACAGGACCUGGAGUGUCUGCAGGACCAUUUGGAGGACCUUGUGUCCACCUGCAGGGAGGUCGUGGGCAACUUGACAGAGCUGGAGUCGGAGGACAUCCAGAUUGACGCCCUGCUGGUCAGAGCCUGUGAGCCCGUCAUUCAGGCCCACUGUCACGAUGUAGCCGAUAACCAGAUCGAUACUGGUGUUCUGAUGGAGUGUUUGGUUCAGAAUAAACACCAGAAGGAGAUGAACGACAAGUGUGCAGUCGGCGUCACGCACUUCCAGCUGAUUCAGAUGAAGGAUUUUCGGUUCUCGUACAAGUUCAAGAUGGCGUGCAAGGAGGACGUUCUGCGCUUGUGUCCAAACAUCAAGAAAAAGGUGGAUGUGGUCAUCUGUCUCAGCACCACGGUGAGGAACGACACGCUGCAGGAGGCCAGGGAGCAGCGGGUGUCUCUGAAAUGUCGUAAACAGCUGCGGGUGGAGGAGCUGGAGAUGUCGGAGGAUAUUCGGUUGGAACCAGAGCUGUAUGAUCCCUGCAAGUCCGACAUCAGCCGUCUGUGUCCCAACGUGGCAUUUGGAAACGCUCAGAUGAUCGAGUGUCUGAAGGAGCAGAAGAAGCACCUCAGUCCGCGCUGCCACCAGCGCAUCUUCAGGCUGCAGGAGGUGGAGAUGACCGACCCCGAGCUCGACUACCAGCUGAUGAGAGUCUGCAAGCAGAUGAUCAAGCGGUUCUGCACUGAAGCGGACACCAGGAACAUCCUACAGUGUCUCAAGCAGAACAAGAACAGCGAGCUGAUGGAUCCCAAGUGUAAACAGAUGAUCACCAAGAGACAAAUCACACAAAACUCUGACUACAGGCUGAACCCAGUGCUGAGGAAAGCUUGUCGAGCCGACAUCCCAAAGUUCUGCCAGUCCAUCCUGAUCAAAGCGAGCGAGGACAGCGAGCUGGAGGGUCAGGUGAUCGCCUGCCUCAAACUCAAAUACGCCGACCAGAGGUUGUCUCCAGACUGCGAGGACCAGAUCAGAGUGAUUCUCCAGGAGUCGGCGCUGGAUUACCGGCUGGACCCGCAGCUGCAGAUGCACUGCUCCGACGAGAUCUCCAAACUGUGUGCAGAGGAGGCGGCUGCUCAGGAACAGACGGGUCAGGUGGAGGAGUGUCUGAAAGUCAACCUGCUUAAAAUCAAGCAGGACGGCUGUAAAAAGGAAGUCCUGAACAUGCUGAAAGAGAGUAAGGCAGACAUCUUUGUGGACCCGGUCCUCCACACAGCCUGCGCUCUGGACCUCAAACACCACUGUGCUGCCAUCACGCCCGGCAGAGGACGACAGAUGUCGUGCCUGAUGGAGGCUCUGCAAGACAAGAGGGUCCGUCUGCAGCCCGAGUGUAAGAAGAGACUCCAGGACCGCAUCGAAAUGUGGAGCUACGCUGCAAAGGUGGCGCCGGCAGAGGGCUUCUCAGACCUGGCGGUGCAGGUGAUGACGUCGCCCUCCAAGAACUACAUCCUGCUCAUGAUCGCGCUGAGCGUGUGCGUGCUCUUCCUGGUGGGGCUGCUGUGCGGUCGGAUCACCAAGCGGGUGACGAGAGAACUGAAGGACCGGUAGAGCUCGAGCCGGGUCCUCGCAGCUUCCCCCUCACCUUCCUCCUCCUCCUCCUCGUCGUCUCAGAAGCCACGUCUCUAACCAACCAACCCACACAGCGUCAACACCACAUCUGGAGCCCGUCUCUAGUCAAAACAAAUGCCCCUCUACCUUCAUUUGGGAAUGCCCCCACUGAAUCAGAGCGCUGACGGUCGAGAUCAAGCAUCUGCUUUUGUUGGGGAUGUUUGGGGACGGAGGUGAGGCGUUGCAGCAUCCUUUGGUUUCUCGAUGUGACUGAGAGCAGCUGCUUCUGAGGUUAGGACUGUUUUCCACUGGUUCUGUCCUCAUGCUUUUCUUUCCCCCCCUCCCCUGGAGUGUUUCUUUUACUGCAGCUGCACAUGGAAAUGUUGAAACAAACUUUGCAGGUAAAUUCUUAGAUGAUCCUGUUGCUCUGAAACAUUUUCUCAUCAGUGGUGAAGCUACGUCCCCUCCACCGGUACGGCCCUCUGCAUCCCCACCAGUUCAGACCUCCUUUGCCUGUAAAUGACUGAAAACGAAGGUCAAACUGGGGUCCAUUAACAGGAAUGUUGUGCGCAUAUUUGUUUUGGGUUUCUUUUUUCAAAGUUAAUUUAAAUGCUAAUUUCAUUGCUUCAUUGCACUUUUUCUUUUUUAACAUGUAUGCCUUAUUUAUUGUUGUUGACUUGAGUGUGGUUUCUGAUGAGGCCCUGUGGUGUUUUUAGCAUGUGUGAAUAUUUGUUUUCCUCGACCGUCCAGCUGAGCAGCAGUGAAGUUUACACCGGGACACUCGGCAGAGCAGCUACGUGCAGUCAAGCUUCAAGAUUAAGAGUCAGGUGGCAGAACCGGAGAUCAAAAGGACCGUUUCACCAUGACUUGUAUAGUCCAGAACAGAAAACAUUUUUUUUUUCUCGUUGUUAAUUCAGAAUCUGCAUUAUUAUCAUGUAUAGAAAGCUCCCAAGUGUCAGAUAAUUCAACAAAUAUCAGUGAUAUGCUGAGGAACAAGGAACCUGUUCAGAGCUGCUAAUCCAUCCACGUGGUUUAUUCUGCAGAGCUUCGGUGUUACUGCGUUCCUUUAAGAUCCUGCAGGAGAACUCUUUCUGCUCCUCAUCGUCACAAACGUCCCGACACCCUGAAAGCCUUUUUUCCUUCCAAUACUUGAUGCUUUAGGAUUGUACAACAGUGUCCGUGGCUGGCGUACUCUGAGGCUAUUUCAUCUUAAAUUUCUCCUUAAAAGGCAGACUCACACAUUUGUGAUGAAGAUUUGAUGAUUCAGAUACAGCUUUAAGAUCUAUUUUGGGGUUGGUAGUAACUCUACGACACCACUGCUCCGUGCUGCCUGCAGGCGCCGCUCUGGUCACAUUUGUACACAAUUAACUUCAAAUACGAGCUAAAAAUGGUUGUAUACAUGUCAGUAAGUAAACGUAAAUUUCACACAGGGUGAGAAGGCAGUAGCCCUAAGGUAAAGAGACGAGACACACGGUUGUUAUUGAGGUUUGUUUAUUGAAUCGUCUUCUCUGAUCGGGCAUCUAUAUUCCCCCCACGAUGUAAAUCGGCCAAAUAAAUCACAAAUGGCAUAAAAUUCAACUUUGAGGUGUUUACUCAUAUAAAGGUGUUAAAUAAGACUGUAAUGUUGCUUUGUAGCUAUUUGGUGCACAAAUCAUGAGACCUGUCAGGUGAAUAAUUGACCUACUGGUAAGACCAGCCCCUCCAACACCAAUGAGCUAUUGGCUGUUGAGUAUUAGUCCCACAGGGACCAGAACUUGGACAUCUGUAGCUUUCAGCUGCACAGAAAAGAUAUGAAACUAUCGUGGUCCAUGGAGUUUAUCUGAAAUAAAUGUGUCUGGGGUACUUGUAACACUGAUUCCAGGUGUCCAGAGAACAUUAGCAAAGCAUGAAGUAAAUUUUAUUUAUUUCCUAAAUCGAGACAAAAGAAAACUGAAUACCUGCUUUGAAUUAAGAUGUCAACUUCCAUCCAGAAGAUAAACCAAGGAUGUCCACGUUUGUUCACAUGAACAGAGGUUCCUCCUCCUAAAUGUUUAUCUAGAUAGCACUAAUUAUCACGGCUGGACACAUUAUUCGUUCAAUAACAGGCCGUAUGAUUAGGGCAACCAAAAAGCUACAUAACAACAGUCUUAUUUAAUCACUCUAUAUUUUUCAAAAAUCCUUAAAAGUUGUUUGGACUGCUGUUUUAAAAUUCCUUAGCUUGUUUUUACCCAAAGAAGGGGUGGGGACAUUGUGCGAGUGUUGGGAUGUGUUUAUCUGUCGUGCUCAGUGAGGGUGUUGGAUGCCGUUGCAGCUGCUUCCAGAUGCAAAAGAAACCCCACUGAAGACACAAAACAACACAAAACAGCCAACAUCCUCUUUUUUCCCCCUUUCAUCCUAGGAUGGGGGGUGGGUAACCUUUUUUUUGUCUUCUCUCCUUGUAGGGCUAUAUUAGUGUAGUUAGGGUAGUCAGAGUUACAGAUCAAAUUAUGUUCUAACAUGAGCGCCCAUGCAUCAAUUCAUCCAGCCUUUCACAGAUUCACCGGAUGGAUGGAUGCUCCACUCCUUUGCAAAAUAUUCUGCCAGGAAAUCAAGCUGUGAGAUGUUUUGAGGUCUUUUCCUUCUCUUCACGUUGAUGAGUUUGCUCUAUAGUUGCUCUUAGAACAUCUGACACAUCAAAUAUACUGCUGUUUAAUUAAUUGUGACAAAACAAGGUCAAAAUCACGUAUUCUGGGUGAAGUUCCUGUUUUCUUUAAGCACUUCUUCAAAACCGCUGACCUUAUUGUCUGGUUAGUAAUUUCUGCUGAUCGUUAAGAAGGUGAAUGUGCAGCAUUUGUGUGUAAAUAUAUCAUUUUUGACUGAGAAAGGAAAACCGCCUCCAUCCGAACCACAACUGGACAUAAUUUAAGUGGAAACCAACGGCUCACUGCUUGGAGUUUUAGUGUUUUUGUUUCCGUCUGCAUCUGAGGUCAGUUUGACUGCAGAUGUUGAUAUUCAACAGGAAUAUAAAGACAUAAGUUUUAUAAGUAAGUCUCAAUGUGUAGGAAGUCAAUUGGUGUGCAGCUUUUUUUUUCCUUUUCUUUUUACGUAUGCCAUGUAAUAUGAAGAAGUAACAGAUUUAUUAUUGUGGGGUUUGACUGUACAGAUCAAAAUUUGUCAAUUUAAUAAAAAUGUCUGCAGUUUUCAAUUUAUUUGUAU